CUUGGACCCCAGUAACCGGAAGUGUGCGUGGACGUCACUUCCCGCUGCGCCAAUAGGCUGCGGAGGGCGGGCUGGAGGCGGUGGCACAGCUGGCUGCAGGCGGGAUGGCAGCGCUGUGGAGGUCGUACCAGCGGCUCAUGGCCCAGCACCCCUGGAAGGUGCAGAUCCUCACAGCUGGGUCCCUGGUGGGAGUCGGAGACGUGAUCUCUCAGCAGCUGGUGGAGAGAAGGGGCCUGAGUGGGCACAGCAGCCGCAGGACGCUGAAGAUGAUGGCCAUUGGCUUCUGCUUUGUGGGCCCUGUGGUGGGAGGCUGGUACCAGCUCCUGGACCGACUUAUCCCGGGAAACACCAGGAUGGUGGCGUUGAAGAAGAUGGUGCUGGAUCAGGGGGGGUUUGCACCUUGCUUCCUGGGCUGUUUCUUGGCCAUUGCCGGGGCACUCAACGGCCUGUCCACCGAGGAGAGCUGGGCCAAGGUCCGACGGGAUUACCCGGAUGCCCUGCUCGCCAACUAUUACCUCUGGCCAGCAGUGCAGAUUGCCAACUUCUACUUCAUCCCCCUGAACCACAGGCUGGCUGUCGUGCAGGUGGUGGCUGUCGUCUGGAAUUCCUACCUGUCCUGGAAGGCGAACCAGCUGUGAGGCCAUGGGGCUGGCGCCCCUCCCAGCCCCCCACCCAGCCCGGUCUCCCCGAGCCCUCCACCCAGCCUGCCCCCCCUGCGCCACACCCUCCACUGCGACUGCCAUAGCGAAUGGCCGUGGGGCCGGCCCCCCCUCCCCGUUCCCCCCACCCAGCCGCAGGGCCCCCCCCCCAUGUCGCACCCUCCUCUGCGACUGCCAUAGGGAAUGGCCGUGGGGCCGGACCCCCUUCCCAUUCCCCCUACCCAGCCGCAGGGCCCCCCGCGCCGCACCCUCCACUGCAACUGCCAUAGCAAAUGGCCAUGGGGCCGGCCCCGUUCCCCCUACCCAGCUGCAGGGCCCCCCGCGCCACACCCUCCACUGCGACUGCCAUAGCAAAUGGCCAUGGGGCCGGCCCCGUUCCCCCUACCCAGCUGCAGGCCUCCCCCCAUGUCGCACCCUCCUCUGUGACUGCUCAGCAGUGGCUUUUGGGGGAGCUCCAGGGGGCCACAUCACACAGCAACCAUCAAACUGGCCCCCCUGGGCAGCCUCAGCAAGGGAACCACUGACACGUGGUGCUGGGGGGUCUGAGCCAUGCCCCAUGGCUGUCCCCAGCAUAGGGGGAGAUUGAUUCCUGCCCCAUGGCUGUCCACAGGGUGACUGAGCCACGCCCCAUGGUGGUCCCUGGCCCUGGGAUAGACCAAGCCGUGCCCAUGGAUGCCUGUGGUGCUGGGGGGUGAUUGAGCCAUGCCCCAUGGCUACUCCUGGCGCUGGGGGGAGACUGAGCCGCACCCCUGGUUGGAAAGCCCCUGCCCGCACGGGCCCCUCUGAGCCACCGCCUAUGGAGCCCAGGCAUGCUGGGAAGGAACCGGAGAAAUAAACUCAGUGACUGGC